AUGGCACGAACCAAGCAGACUGCUCGCAAGUCUACUGGCGGUAAAGCCCCCAAGAAACAGCUGGCCACCAAGGCCGCCCGUAAGAGCGCCCCGGCCACCGGAGGCGUCAAGAAGCCCCACCGUUAUAGGCCUGGUACCGUGGCUCUGCGAGAGAUCCGCCGUUACCAGAAAUCCACCGAGCUGCUGAUCCGCAAGCUGCCCUUCCAGCGCCUGGUGCGCGAGAUUGCUCAAGACUUCAAGACCGACCUGCGCUUCCAGAGACAUCCAGCUGUUGGCAUCAACAUGGAAUUCACUGACUUCAGUUACGAAAUUUAUAUUUAA